AUGAGGCUGAGCUUUGACUCACGAUUGCUCACCAAUGAUGAGGGCACUAGCCAGUCAAAACUAGACCUGCCAGAGAUCUUGCAACAGGUGAAGCCUAGUGCAUCCAUACUUGCCACCAACGUCCAUGUGGAGGCAGCUUCUGCUGUGGACAAGAGUAUACUCCAAUAUCAAGAGGAGGUAGCUGCUGCAGGGCUGGUGUCGGAAGUUUUGACCGAGAGCAAACUCCGAUAUCAACAGGAGGUAGCUGCUGCAGGGCUGGUGUCGGAAGUUUUGACCGAGAGCAAACUCCGAUAUCAACAGGAGGUAGCUGCUGCAGGGCUGGUGUCGGAAGUUUUGACCGAGAGCAAACUCCGAUAUCAACGGGAGGUAGCUGCUGCAGGGCUGGUGUCAGAAGUUUUGACCGAGAGUAAACUCCGAUAUCAACAGGAGGUAGCUGCUGCAGGGUUGGUGUCAGAAGUUUUGACCGAGAGUGUCCUCCGAUAUCAACAGGAGGUAGCUGCUGCAGGGUUGGUGUCGGAAGUUUUGACCGAGAGCGUACUCCGAUAUCAACAGGAGGUAGCUGCUGCAGGGCUGGUGUCAGCCCAACUGGAUACGAAUGUGCAGUCAAAGGGUGCUCCCUUUGCAAAGCUGUACACAGGUUUUCAUUUCAUGGAGAGGCCGGAGUCCUUGGGUUGCUCUCUCAAGGUCCGUAAGAUGCCGCUGCUGAUGACGCCAAUUAAGAAGACACUUUCUGAGCUUCAUCAGCUUGUUGCAAGCCUAAAUGGUUCUGCACAUGAUUCAGCCAAGGACAUGAAGCUCAGAGAGGAGCUUUGCCAUGGUGAUAGAAUGAACAUCCUCUCCUCAUUUAAAACCGAUGAAGCUGGAUUGGCUGAGAUUAGAGACUCUGCUGCAGACUCUGCCCCCCACGUGGUGUUUGGCCUGAGCGCGGCGUCUUCACUGGGCAACCUGGUGGAGUCACAGGGGACCUCAGUGAGAUCCCCGAUUUCCAAGCAGGAUAAGCUACGCUUGGAGGCGAAGAGUCUACCCCCUGCACAGGCCAUCAAAUGGCUUGUGUUAAUGGAGAGGCCAUUGUCCCUGGGCCCCAUCACCUUACCAGCUGUAAAGCUGGAGAACCGGCUGGUUCAGAAUCCGUCAGCUGAGGUGGUGGUGAAUGACGCUCCAAAGGGGCAGUCAACCUCUCCCUACAGUGAGGAGGGUCUGUAUAAUGGUGAGGUGGUAAUUGAGAAUGUGUUGGAGAUGCAAGAUCUCAUGGAAAGGACCGAGUCUCUUGUCACUCCUCUCAAUACAGCUCCAGAUCAGGACCAGGACCAAUACAGCUUUGGGCCGCCCGUGGACAUUUCUGUUUACAGUGAGAGUGAAUGGAAAGGGCAGACCACCAAGAGCAUCGUCAUCAGAAAAGGCUACGCUGUGCUCUCCCACAGCUUUGGAUUCCUCCGGCGGGUCAAAGGUGACAACUACUGUGCCCUGCGAGCCUCCCUCUACCAGGCGCUGAUGCACACCACCAAGCCUCCUUGCUGGCUGCAGCAGAAGAGCAUCUUAUUGAUCCCUGAACAGCUCGAGUCUCGGUAUGGUCUGAUUAAAGGCUGGCUGUUCCCUGACAUGUGCAAACACACGGGUGGGAUCGAAAAGUCUGUGGGUCUGCUGAAAUGCUAUCUGCGCCUUCUCCAGAAUUGGUGGCAUGCUGCGGCAGCCUCCCAUGGGGUCGAAGGUCGCAGGAGUGUGUGUGAGCAGCUGUUUCAGGGCGGAGAAGACGAGUUCGGUGUCAUAGAGGCACUCAAGCUACUCAUGCUAGCCCAUGCCGUGGACUUGCAUACAGCCAAACAGAGGGGCGACAACUUGCCAAUUUUCUGCUGGCUGCUAUUCGCCCGCGAUACCUCCUCGUCCCCACGCUCGUACCUUGCCAACCACCUGAGUCAGGUUGGCUUCAGCAGAGGCAUGGAGCAGGUAGACAUGUUUCUCCUGAGUUGCGCAAUGCGCCACACCAUCAAGGUCUACCGCCUGCACAUGGCCGAAACAGAGGAGUUCAUCUCAUUUUACCCAGAUAACAGCAUUCAGGGCAGGCACUGUGUCUGCCUGCUAACCGAGGACGACCGCCAUUAUGACGUGGCAUUUGGCAACCCUGUCUGUGUUGAAGAGGACCUCUCUGAAGAAUCUGACUGA